AUGAUUUGUUGCUUCCAGAGUAACAAACACUCCUCUUCCCCUUUUGGACCUAUUGACUUUUGAUCCCUCUCUCCACCUCAACUGUAGUUCUUGGACUCAAAGCUUCCUUCCGGCAUUUGACUAAAAGUUCUCUCCUUCAUUAUAUGAAAUCAAUUAUUCCUAGCCUCAAUCAUUCUAUGAGAGUGUAACCAUUGUCUUCAGUGCUUGUUUAUGCCUUUAUUUACGCACUGAUAUCUAUGAAUUCAUUGGAUUAAGCUUUCUUUUGCCCUGGACAAUGCUUUUCCCUUGUCCAAAUUCAAACUUCAUGGCAGUGCUAAUUAGUCGAUUCAAUUCUUCUCUUGUUUGAGUUGCCUGGAAUUUAGCCCUAUUUCUUGAUUCUGAUUUCCUUCGGAGCAUAGAGACAAGCUCUCUCUGUAUUAUUUAGUAGUUCAUAACCACGAAUUACUAGUGUUAUCCAUUGAACUUAUGCAUGGUUGUUUAAGGUGGAUAUCAUUACUGAGAAGAAAAAAAAAAAUCUUCGGAUGCUCAUUCUGAAAUAGAUUUCCCCCUGCAUUGAAGCUUGUCAUCAUUCAUCAGAAUUAUAUCGUGGAUUGACUAUCUUCCAGCCAGCACUUUCAUGUUGAGCCCUGUAAAUCUUCGCUGGUUCUAUCGAAGUCAUUGUAGAUCGACUUUGAUCUCUCUCCGAGUCCAAAUUCCUCCGAUGGGUUUAGUUCGAAGUCCGAGUAUAAGAAGUGAUGAAUCCUUGGAAGGGAUAAUCAGUGAAUAUUGCUCUCGAAAAGCUAAUAAAAUUAGGAUGCCAAGGAAGUCUUCUUCUCGCUUCAUUUGUGCCCUCACUUUUCUUCAAUUUACUUUUGCCAUAUAUGCAACCUUUCUUCUUUAUUACAUGACUCCCACCAUUGAUCUACGUUCCAAGCCAGACUUCUCAUGGGCCACUCGUAUCGCUCGAAACUGGAAGCACUUCAUCCUGCAACCCCGAAUGCUGGCAAGCUUCCGAGAGAAUCAUGUUGCAUUCUCCCCAUCUGAUGUAUGCGAGCACGAGAAGCUUGAUUUCCUACAGAAGAAGUCGGAUGAUGCACUGAUGAUCAAGCUCAAGCAGGAGCUCUACAAUGAAGUGCUGGAGUUUCAGAAGCAAAAUUCAGGAGCUGAAACACUUGCUGAGAUCAUGAGAAUGAAGUCUAAGUGGAGCUUACGAGUUUCGGAAAUCCCAAAGAUUACGGUGAUCUUAAACCAUUUUAAGAGGAAAACACUUUGUGCUCAGCUUGAUUCACUGCUACAUCAGACUUUGCCUUUCCGCCAUGUUUGGGUGCUUUCUUUUGGAAGCCCAAAUGAGCUCUCUCUUAAAAGAAUUGUCGAGAGCUAUAACGAUUCCAGGAUCAGCUUCAUUAGCUCAAGCUAUGACUUCAAGUACUAUGGAAGGUUUCAGAUGGCUCUGCAGACAGAAGCUGAUUUCGUUUAUAUUCUGGAUGAUGAUAUGAUUCCUGGAAGGAGAAUGCUGGAGAUUUUAUCACAUGUCGGGGGGACGGAGAAGUACAAGAAUGCAGUCUUGGGAAGUAUAGGAAGAAUCUUGCCUUUCAGACAGAAGGACUUUACAUUCCCGAGCUACCGAAAGUUCCGAUCAAAGGAGGCAGGCUUGUAUUUGCCCGAUCCGGCCUAUGAUAUCGCUGUCGAAAGGAUCGUGCAGGUUGACUUCUUGUCGAGUUCGUGGUUUCUCUCCGCCGAUCUUGUUAAGACUCUCUUUGUUGAGAAACCAUCUACUUUUAUGACUGGUGAAGAUCUGCAUCUCAGUUACCAGCUUCAGAAAUACAGGAAUGCUGGCUCCUACGUCUUGCCUGUCGAUCCAAAUGACAAGGAAACCUGGGGAGAUAGUGAGCACAGGCUUGCGUAUGUCUCUGAGACCACAGUAAUCUUCAAGGAUAUCGUCCGAGUCCGAGAUGAUCAGUGGUGGAGGGCCCUCUCCACUGGUUACAUUACUCGAUGGGCUGCAAUGUACCCUCAGAAGAUAGAUGCUCUCUUCUAUGCUCACUCCCUUGGAGAGGUUGAAGCACUUGCUCCUCUUCUUCAGAGGUUUCGAUCGACUGUGGGAAAGAAAGCAUACAUUGCAGUCUCAGGUGGCAGCUUCUGUCCAUGUGAAGGGGCUGCGGUUGUUCUUAAGUGGCCAAUAUCUGUUUGCAAGGAGAGAAGGUUCAAGAUCUUUGAUUUGGAGAUUGCAGCCAUCUCGGGAGCGUCCAACUCCGAGGUCCCCAUUUUACAAGCAGCGUACUCGAGCAUGAAAGGACUCGUCAAGAUUCACAACCCCAGCUUGCUCAUCGCAGUAGCUGAUAUCGAUCUUAACUUGAAGAAUGCUCUUAAAAUGGCAGCUGAAACUAAUUCGAACCGCUCUGCAUUGGUUCUCUUGCCGAGGUCUGUAAUACCCAAGGUUCUUUGGAUGCCCAAUCUACGAUCGACAGCAUUACCAAACUGGAACAAGAUGAGAGUGUCUGUUAAUAUCAUCACCCAGAACCGAGCAUCUUCUCUUCAGAGGCUCCUGAGAUCCCUGGAGAAUGCCUAUUAUCUCGGGGAUGAGAUCCCUUUGAACUUCAACAUGGACAGCAAGGUUGAUGAGGAGACACUAAAGGUUGUGGGAUCCUUCGAAUGGAAGCAAGGGCCUACGCUCACACGGAGGCGUAUCAUCCAAGGUGGGCUGAUUCGAGCUGUGAGCGAGAGCUGGUACCCGUCAUCCGACAAUGACUUCGGCCUCCUGCUAGAAGACGACAUCGAGGUCUCUCCCUACUAUUACCUCUGGAUAAAGUAUGCGCUCUUAGCCUACCACUACGACCCCCAGGUCUCGCUCCCAGAGCUCUCUUCCAUCUCUCUCUACACCCCACGCCUGGUGGAAGUAGUGAAAGAAAGGCCCAGAUGGAAUGCUACUGGUUUCUUCAAGAAGAUCCACCCCAACACCCCAUAUCUCCAUCAGCUCCCGUGCAGUUGGGGCGCAGUUUUCUUCCCCAAGCAUUGGAGAGAAUUCUACGCUUACAUGGGCUCGAGGUUCACCGUGGAUGCCAAGCAAAACCCAGUUCAGAUCCCCAGGUCCAGGACUAACGGGUGGCAAGCUUCUUGGAAGAAGUUCCUUAUCGAUAUGAUGUACCUGAGAGGAUACGUGAGCCUGUACCCAAACUUCCCUGGCCAGAUGAGCUUCUCGACCAACCACAUGGAGCCCGGCGCGCACAUCAACGCCAUGAACAAUGCGGUGAGGCACAGCAAGGAGGACUUUGAGGUGCCGCUGAUAAAAGAUGACUUCACGAGUUUAUUGCCCGGGGGGAAGCUGCCUCCUGCUUCGAAGCUGCCGGUGAUCGAUCUAUUCAACCAGCCGAUCCCUUUGAAGGGAUUGAAAGCAGCAGGGGCGAAGCUCGGGCAAGAUGUGAUCAGCUGUAGCAAAUCAGAGCUUGUUAUUGUUGAUCACAGUACCGGCUUGCCUAAGAAUUGUACCAAGUUCUGAAUAUGAUUUUUUUUAUAAAAAAAAUAGUUCUUGAUUUUUUAUGUCA